AUGACUUUGCGUCGGCGACAUUUCAGGUCAGCAACGUACCUGCUGUGUCUCGCAUUACUAUUGCUGCCUUGGGCUCAUGCUCACAGCGUUAAUAACCGGAAACUUGCAAGAGUUGAAGGAUUGCAAUCAAUUCAGUUGGAUAUUGCAACACGUCCUGAAAACUUCUUUCGUAAACGCGACUUGACCCCCAAUCCCGCAUAUCAACCGACACAUCCUCGAGCUAUUGAACAUGACGACAUUUUACGACUGUCCGUGUCGGCAUUCAACCAGACAUUUUACUUGCAUAUGCAUCCCAACGACGAGUUGUUCCAUCCCAAUGCAGUUAUCACCGUCGCUGAUAAAGAGGAACGAGUACGACCCCACGAAUAUCGCGUAUAUCGUGGCUUUGUCGUUGAAGAAUCCUAUUCUUCAACUCGUUGGCAAGAAGAUCAAGCAGGUAUAUGGCGAGACGAUUAUGCGGCUGAGGAUGAGUCAGGUGUUCUUGGCUGGGCACGCAUCAUGAUUCGCAGAGAUAUCAAACACGACCUGCCGUAUCCAGUAUUCGAAGGGGCAUUCCGUACCGGAAAUGACAUGUACCAUAUCAAAGCAACCAGCAACUAUCAGAUGACGAAGCGAUCCGAUGAUGCCGAGCUCGGCGAGCAACACCUUGGUGCUCAUAUGGUUAUUUACCGCGACUCGGAUACAGUUUUGACAUCAUUACUGGAUCGACGAGAGAACCAAGAUACAACAACGUACAUGCCCGCAUGUGGAUUUGAUCCACUUGUUCAUGGUGGUACUCCAAGAAGCGAACAUGGUCUGACGAAGAACAUGAUGAUGAGCGCUCCUCAGCAGCAAAAUGCUUUGGGUGGAUUUGCCGAUCCAUCGAGUUUCAAUGCUCUUCAGGGCUUUGAUGGAGGGAUGCUACGCAAAAGAGCACCACCAGCAGGAUGUCCUACCUCAAAGAAGAUUGCCUAUAUUGGAGCAGCGGCUGACUGUACCUAUGCGAAAUAUUACCAAUCUGCUGACCGCGCUCGAGAGCAGAUCAUCAACGAUUUCAAUACUGCUUCGGGUGUCUACGAACGCAGUUUUAAUGUCCAACUCGGUUUGAUCAAUAUCACCGUCAAGGACAACGCCUGUCCGUCUACUCCGUCUUCCAGCGAAGGGUGGAACCGGGAUUGUUCAACUGCGUACACCAUCACAAACCGACUGAGUGAUUUCAGCCAGUGGCGUGGAGGUCUUGGUAACGAUGGUGCUAGUUUAUGGCAUCUUAUGACAAGCUGCGCGUCUGGCAUCGAAGUAGGCGUUGCAUGGCUCAAUCAAUUGUGCACCACCGAUGCUGUAGCCACAACUCAACAAGGUCAACGUGUCUAUACCUCCGGAACGGGUGUUUCAUCCAUCACUCGCGACGAGUGGGCUGUGGUUGCGCAUGAAAUUGGCCACAACUUUGGAUCGAUCCAUGAUUGUACCCCAGAUACCUGUCCUUGCAGUGGGUCAUCUUGUCAGUGCUGCCCUCUGAGCUCAACGGAAUGUGACGCUGGAGGCACUUUUAUCAUGAACCCAUCCAGUAACAUAUCUACAGACGAUUUCAGUCCCUGCACAACCAGCAUGAUCUGUGAGGCUUUUCCUCAACUCGGUUCUUGCUUGGAAGAUCCCGGUAGCCGUACAAUAGCAACCUUGCAAAUGUGUGGCAAUGGUAUCAAAGAAGACGGCGAGGACUGUGAUCCAGGAGGAAACAACAGUACCUGCUGUGAUGCUUCUACCUGUAAAUUUAUCAACAAUGCCAAGUGCGAUGAUAGCUCGGAUCUCUGUUGCGAAAACUGUCAGCCUCGUCCUAAAGAUACUGUAUGUCGAGCUGCAGUGUCUCAAUGUGAUGUAGAGGAAAAAUGCCCGGGUGACUCUGGUGAUUGUCCCAAGGAUGAGUACAAAACAGACGGUGAAUCGUGCGGUGACCAUUUGCAAUGUGCCUCUGGCCAAUGUACAUCGCGUGACCAGCAAUGUCGACAGCGUGGCUCAGACAUGAAUAUCUCUAGAGCCUGUGGAUCAGCAUCUGGAUCCUGCCAAAUGAUCUGUGAUAACCCCGGUAGUUUCUCGUGUUUGAUAUUUAACGGCUAUUUCAUUGACGGUACACCAUGUGGUGUUGGCGGUGCUUGCAAGAACCAACAAUGCAGUCUGGAUAACUUUGGUGAUAAUGCCAAGAACUGGAUCGAGAACAAUAAGCAGAUUGCAAUUCCAGUUAUUAUUGUUGUGGGCUUGUUGGUGUUGUUCUGCAUUUUCCGAUGCCUGUGCUACGGUUGCUGUGGUUACGGCGGAUAUCGAACGCUUAACAACAAGGGUGCCGUCUAUGUUAGUACGGCAGCACCACCGCCUUAUGCGACCAACCAGCCAUACUAUGCACAUGGACCUCCACCUCCUCAGCAAGGCGGCGGUUGGGUCAGCCCUGCCCAGUACAAUGGCCAAUACAGCGUGCCACCUUCUGCACCGCCACCCACGUAUACACCUGGUCCAAACCGCGAGGCAUAUGAGAUGAACCCGCGUGGUGGCAGCACCUCGCCUUCUCCAGCUCCACCACCAGAAGAUAGUGGUGGCAUUUCUGGACGUGUGCGUCGUUUUGAAGAACGUAUGUCGCCUCGGUAA